ACCGGCUGCCCGCAGCCCUGGCAGCCUAUAAAAGAAGCGGAGGAGCAGCCAGGAGUGUCCGACGCUGACACAGCUUCACCUGAGUAGCACGACCUCUCUGACAAAGCGCAACAGCAGCAUGGCUCUGAGCACACUGCUGGCCACCUUCCUCUGCACCAUCGUGCUCCCCGUCCUGCUUUUUCUGGUGGCGUUGAAGUUGUGGGAGGUUUACAUGAUCCGAGGCAGAGACCCGAGCUGUCCCAGCCCGCUGCCACCCGGGUCCAUGGGGUUACCCUUCAUCGGAGAGACGCUGCAGCUCAUCCUCCAGAGGAGAAAGUUCCUGCGGAUGAAGCGCCAGAAGUACGGCUACAUCUACCGCACACACCUCUUCGGGAACCCCACGGUGCGCGUCACCGGAGCGGAUAAUGUCCGGCAGAUCCUACUGGGAGAGCACCGGCUCGUGUCCGCGCAGUGGCCCGCAUCUGUGCGCACCAUCCUGGGCUCGGACACGCUGUCCAAUGUGCACGGAGCCCAACACAAGACCAAGAAAAAGGCCAUCAUGCGGGCCUUUUCCAAGGAGGCUCUGGAGCUUUACAUCCCUGUCAUCCAGGAGGAGGUGCAGGCUGCAGUGAAGGAGUGGCUGGCCAAGGACUCCUGCGUGCUGGUCUAUCUGGAGAUGAAGAGGCUGAUGUUCCGCAUAGCCAUGAGGAUCCUCCUGGGCUUCGAGCCAGAACAGAUAAAGACUGACGAGCAGCAGCUGGUGGAGGCUUUUGAAGAAAUGAUCAAGAAUCUGUUCUCACUGCCCAUCGAUGUGCCUUUCAGCGGGCUGUACAGGGGUCUGAAGGCGAGAAACUUCAUCCACUCAAAGAUAGAGGAGAACAUCAAGAAGAAGGUGCAAGAGUCAGACAAGGAAACAAAACACAGAGACGCUCUGCAGCAGCUCAUCGACAGCAGCAAGAAGAAUGGGGAACCCUUCAGCAUGCAGGCCAUUAAAGAGUCUGCUACAGAGCUGCUGUUCGGGGGCCAUGAAACCACGGCCAGCACAGCCACCUCUCUGUUGAUGUUCCUGGGCCUCAACCCUGACACUGUCGACAGACUGAGGCAGGAACUGAUGGACAAGGAGGAGCAGGGGAUGGACCUCCAGAGUCUAAACAUCGAGUCCUUGGAGCAGUUGAAAUACACAGGCUGUGUAAUUAAAGAGACUUUGAGGAUCAACCCUCCUGUCCCAGGAGGCUUCAGAGUGGCUCUCAAGACCUUUGAGCUCAACGGUUACCAAAUUCCCAAAGGCUGGAACGUCAUCUACAGCAUCUGUGACACCCACGAUGUGGCAGAGAUCUUUCCCAACAAGGAAGACUUCCAGCCGGAGCGCUUCAUGAGCAAACCCUCCAGCGACUCCUCCAGGUUUCAGUACAUCCCGUUUGGAGGGGGCUCCCGGAUGUGUGUGGGGAAGGAGUUUGCUAAGGUCCUGUUGAAGAUCUUCCUGGUGGAAGUGGUCACAAAGUGUCACUGGAGUCUUUUAAAUGGCCCCCCCACCAUGAAAACAGGACCUACUGUCUAUCCUGUGGACAAUCUGCCAACCAAGUUUACCAGCUAUGUACAAAAUUAAACCGAUAUGCCAACAGGCUGGGUUUCCUUAAAUCAAUGUAGAGGUAUCAUCUGUGUUUGAUCUCUGAAUCCACAGGGAAGCUUCAGCUUAAUCAAGGUACUUGGGAAGUUGUGGGAAGCACUUGGGUGCUCUCAAGAAACAAAUCAAAGACUGCAUUUACACAUGAACUGAAAGUGUUUGUGAUUCUGAUCUUCUUGUCUCAAGUCCAUGUGGAUUUUGUGGCAUGACACAAACUGUACAUAUUGUAGAUGACUUAAACGUAUUUUACAUUUUAUAUUAUGAUGUUAAUACAUUGGACUGUACAUAUAUAUUUUUUUAAUAUGAGCAAACUAAACAAGAGGCACUAUACACAGACAUGGAACACUUUAAUCAGCUCAGAGGUGUAUCUAUAGGUUGAUGUACAUAUAUAAUGUAGAGUCUGUUUAUAUAACUUUGUGUCUUACCCAAAUUUAUUUAAGUGACUUAUGAUGUUUGGGCUUUUUAAUUUAAUAAAACUGUUUUGUGGAGAAUCUUG